AUGAUUUCCAUUUUUUCCUACAGCAGCGCCAAUAACCUCCGAGAUCAUCAGAAAUGUGUUGAUUCAUAUAUACCUAUUACAGUUGUUAUGAUGCCAUUAGAUUAUUAUUUUAGUCCAUCUUAUGCAUAUUUUAGAAAGAUAUUUGAAGGUCAAUUGCUCCAUCGAUUGGUUGUACAACUUGAAAAUAAGACGGUAUUCCUAUUGUUGCCCGAAAAAUGCAUAUUGAUUUGGCCGUCGUAUUUGAAACUCCAGUUAUUUAGGGGAAAUGAUAUGAAAAUUAUUGAAGGUAGAAUUAAAAUAAAAAUAAAAAUAAUGAUUAUUAAAUACAAUUAUUGGUAUCGUAAUGAAAUGAAAUAA